GCGGUACGGUGGUCGUUUGUUAACUUUGAGGAUUAUAUAAAAACCCAAUGAUCAAAUAACCCAAAAAGAUAUGCAUAUUCGAAUAAGGGGUUAUAAGUGUAAUUUCAAGUAGAUAGUAUAUGUGCACAGACACGAAGCAGCUUACAUAUAAAGUGAUUGGUAAUUGCCAUCCCCACACUUAUUGAGAAGUGCAGCCUUUUAGCCAAAAAAAACAAACAAGAAUACAAAAAUGGCUGAACAACAAGAUCAUCACAAAGAGCUUCAGCUUUUACCUUCUCCACCGUCUACCGAAUCUCCGGUAAGGAAACACCGACCAACAGUUAUAACAACCGACCAUCACAACAAUCACCACCGUUCCUCCUCCAUGAUCCACCACGAUCUUGACCUCAAACUCUCCAUCAGCCUCAGCUCGAUCUCAACAGCGGAGGAGCUUCCAAACGGUGGUGUGGAGGCGUUGAAGUGGCAAGCCGCGGAGCAGAUAAGGCUUGCGGCUAUAGAGAAGGCUUACGCCGAGAGGGUUAGAGAGUUGACUCGCCGUGAGAUGGAGAUGGCUCAGUCUGAGUUUGCUCGUGCAAGGGUGAUGUGGCAGAAGGCAAGGGAAGAAGUGGAGAGAGCUGAGAGAUUGAAGGAGAGAUCAAUGACGAAGAUCGAUACGGCUUGCUUGGAGAUCACUUGCCACUCUUGCAGACAAAGGUUUAGGCCAUAACAUAAGUAUUUAUUUGUUUCUCUUAAUUAUUGUUAUUAUAAAUGGAUAUUUGAAGAGAAAGAGAAUGUUGGUUUAAUUUAAAUUUUAUUUUGUAGUUAAAUUUAAUUUGUUUUCAUUUUCGAGUUUGGUAAUAUUAUAUAGUCCUUCCUUUUUAUUUUCUUGAAAUCGAAGGAAAACAAUAUGC